AGCUUUGCCAGGUUUAGAACAACCUGUGUUUUGUUGCACCAACCAGGUGCUGUAGUGCGACCCGACCUGAGAGAUGACGUAUCCUAAGGUCGAGCCCUACAAGAUCGACGUCAAGAACACUUUCUUGCAGUUCUCAACACCGAAGGAGGAGCAAGUGCGGAGGGCUGCUUCGUGCCCACCGCGCCACUGCCUCACGCACAGACUGAGGGAGGACUGCCGAAAGAAUGACGAGGACACUGUCAGCACUGCGGCCUCCGUCCGGGAAGAGGACGCUCUCACCAACAGCGACCUCUCGGAACUCGGUGCACCUUUGCGCAGGGACGGUGAGGACAGUGCGCAGAAGAAGAUCAACAAGGAGCUGAUGACUGCCGCGAAGCGUCACACCUCCAAGCUCCUGGAGGUGGUGAGCAAGCACAUGAGUCAGAUGAACGCGGUGAACUUGGCGACUGCCUUCCACCGCAUCGCACGCAACCAGGACAUGGGCAUGAAAGCAACCCAGAGCACAGUGUUCAAGUCCAUGUUGGAGAUCGUCGAAGACAUGGCCCUCCACGAGCAGGAGCACUUCGAUGGGCGCAUGCCCGCGAAGUGCUGCACCAUCAUCGCCUGGUCCUGCGCUUCCCUGCACAUCUUCCCGCCCAACCUGUUCUCGAGCAUGGCCAAAGUCGCAGCACGGGACCUGACACGCUGCGAGACAUUUGAGGUGACCAACUUGCUCUGGGCCUUUGCGCAGCUGCAGAAGCUGCGGCCCGAGACCGCCCUGCACCUCAGCGAAGAGCUCUUGCAGCUCCUGGACGCGGUGGCUGCCACCUUGUCCCGUCAGCCCUUGCGCAACCUCAAGGCCACGGUCCUCAUCUCUGCUCUGGUGUCGGUGGCCAACUUCCCGCGAAGCAGGUCGCUGGCCUCGCAGUGGCUUUUCACCAACACCAGCCAAGAGUUGGCGCUGCGCUGGCCAGAGUUGAGCCUCGAGAACAAGAAUCAGAUAACGCUGGCAUUCCAGCUCACCAAGGCGAAGCACGUGCAAUUGUACCAGACGGUCGUCACAUCUUUGAACCCAGACAUGUCUGCAUUUGUCUGCCAGGCGACUCGGAGGCCGAAGACCCGCGCGAGGUAGAUAGCGGUGGACAUUGCGAGCCGCUACCACGAUUGAGUUUCGGACCUGGAUGGGGCACGUAUUAAGCGGAAGCGGGGAACGCCCUCCACUUUGUUCGUUGUGUGUGGGAGA